CAAGAAUUUUUAGAUAUUGAACUGAAAAUGUGAUAAAAUUUACUGCACUUGCUAUUAUCCUAUCCGUCACCGUCCUCCGUGGUGUAGGUUACUUUUAUUUAACAGCGUUGCCACCAACAAGCAUUGAACAAGGUCUGCAAUAAAUAAGCCUUAAUCAACUUAAUCUCAAGCAGUUGGUCUCACUCUCAACUCAAGAAUAAUUACAUUACAAUAUAUUUCUCUUAGCAAUAAAUUGUUAUCAGUUGUGCACAUGGGUUGAGACGAUGCUGUGCCAUGUCUCAUUUACUGGAAUUUUACAAUUUUCUCGACAUUUGUGCAUGUUGUGAGACUAUACCAAACUGUCUGGAUUCACGUUCGUUAAAAAUGUACAAAAUAAACAAUGGUCAAAUGUGUGAAGUGUGAUUAAAGUUACAGUGUGUAAAUAAAUACAAAACAGACACCCGAGUUUUCUAUUAAAGUUAAAGGUCACAAACAAUCAGAGAUUUUUAUAUUGCAUGAAUUUAAACUGGGUUCUUUUUUUAUUAUUGUUUGUGUGCAUAAGUGAGGAAACAAAUGAAAUAGUGAGACGAUGAGCUGCGUGCGAGCUGUGAAACUAGGUCUAAUGAUUUUAUGUUUUGUAACAUACUUUAAUUGUGCAUCUGACGGCCAUGUGCUUCAAGUGGCUUAACUGCAAACAACUAACUGGACUUCAUUUAAGCUCAUAAUCUAUUGUCGCAUGACUCUCGCGGAAAUCAAUUAAUUAUUUUAAAUUCAUUCAAAAAUUAUUAUUAGAGUGUUUUUUUGCUGGCGAGUGCACUGUGUACUGUAUGCACCCUGAAUGUUUUUUAUGAUUGGAAGUUCUAAUUUGGAACUGGAGCAAUUUGUUGUAACGUAGAAUGCAGUUUGAAAUGGUGGUUAGUGAGAUAUGUUGUGGAGGAAAUAUUAACAUAUACGAUUAGAUGACCACAAUCUUCUAAAGUGUCAACAUCAUGAACACCAAUAAUAAUAUUCUCAUCUUCUUCUCCUUGGGCAAUAAUUCCCCAACCAAAAGACGAACUUGCAGAAAAAUAAGUAGUUUCCAGUUGUAUCUGCUAUUUCUCCUCCUUUUACUCUUCAACAAUUCAAUUAUUGGGAGCUUAGCCCUUAUCGAGGGGGGUGAUAAGGAGGGAGGAUUCAGUUCAACAAAGGGUGAGGGGUCAGUUGAGACUCCCUCGGUUGAAAACUUGUUGCAGACUUAUCGGAAUUCCUCCUUACACGCACGCCAGUUGGCAUCCCCAAAUGGCGAUGACAUUCAGUACACCUCUCCCUGGACGUGGGUUUGUUUGGAAUCAAUUUGCAAGAGACAAUUGGCUAGAAAUACUGUGGCCAAAGUCCCUCAAAAUGUUUGCUGGUUAAAUUGUGGUAGGUUUGGUGCACUUUGGCCAUUUCCGACGAUUAAGGCAUUGCUUGGCCAUGAGACAAUCCCACUUUAUCCACAAAAUGUAGAAGUUACAGCUAUUCACUCGCCUCACAAAGCAGUAACGGCAAUGUUGGGCUAUGCUGGAAAUGUUUUGCUCGACUCUUUGUUCAGGAUGCAUCCAAAAUCUGAGGGCCAAUCUGCAUUCCCUUUAACAUCGAAUGGACGAGGCAUUGAGAGAAAUAGAAUGUCCAUUACGCUUACAACUGAAAGUGACGAAACAAAAAUGUCAUUAAAUUCCGACGAAAGCUACUCCCUCAGCGUCACAUCUGCCAUCAUCGGUUCCUCAGUCAAGGUUCAAGUACAAAUUUAUGGGGCAACAUUUUUUGGAGUUCGUCACGGAUUGGAGAGUCUUGGACAACUGUUGGCUUUCGACGAAGAAAAUGAAUGCCUUCAAAUUGUUGCUGAGGCCGAAAUUGAGGACCGACCAGCUUUCAAGUAUCGUGGUGUAAUGGUUGAUACAUCCAGAAACUUUAUUCCGAUACUAAACCUGAAGAAGGUCGUUGAUGCAAUGUCAUAUAACAAACUAAAUGUAUUGCAUCUUCAUUUAACGGAUUCAAACUCGUUCCCGUUUUAUUCAAAGAGAAUCCCAUAUAUGACUACAUACGGUGCAUAUUCAGCAUCGCAAAUUUACACCCCCAAGGACCUCAAAGAUCUUAUUUUGUACGCAAGAUUAAGAGGAGUAAAAAUAAUCCCUGAGCUCGACCUUCCAGCUCAUGUUGGCAAUGGAUGGAACUGGGGUCCACUUAUGGGACUUGGUGAGCUGGCAGUAUGUGUAAAUGCUGAACCGUGGAGGCAGUAUUGUGGACAGCCGCCCUGUGGGACCCUCAACGUCAUCAAUAACUACACUUAUUUGGUUAUGGGCGAGCUUUAUAAAGACAUGCUGGAAGUAUUUGACAAUGACUUAUUUCACAUGGGUGGUGACGAAGUGUUCUUUCCUUGUUGGUCAUCUCGCCAAGAUAUGCGAGACUGGUUAAAGAAUAGGGGAACAAAUGAUUACAUGGAUUUAUGGGGAUAUUUUCAAGGCAGAGCUUUCGAUAAGCUCAUAGAGGCCAAUGGGGGGAAAUAUAUAACGCCGAUAGUUUGGACAAGUGACAUGACAAAUAGAGCCAGGCACUUUCUUCAUCCGAGUGACUAUAUAAUCCAAAUCUGGACAGGAGCCACGCAGUACGAAGUUCGAGAAUUAUUAGAAAAUAAAUAUAAAGUGAUUUUUUCAAACCUUGAUUCACUUUAUCUUGAUCACGGAUUUGGAACCUGGCUUGGCCUUGAUCACUUCUGGACAAUAAAAACAUGGCAGAACCUGUACGAUAACGACUUAAUUAAGAUUGCCGAGCAUCAUCUUGGAGCAAAUUCUACAUAUUAUGCAAUAACCACAGGACAAAUUCUAGGGGCGGAAGUCACUCUGUGGUCAGAAAAGGUAGAUCAACAUAACAUGGAAAUGAAGCUUUGGCCCCGAAGUGCUGCCUUUGCAGAAAGAAUGUGGUCAAGUCCGCAGAAUAGAACUAUCACGGUUGACGCCAGGUUGGCACAUCAUACAAAUCGAAUGAAAAAUCGUGGGAUUCACACAGAUCGCCUCCAACCUGAGAGCUGUUAUCAAAUUUCUGGAUACUGUCACGAUUCCAACAGUCGUUUAUGAAAAAACUAUUUGCACGCUCGAUGAAAAAAAUAAACUUUUAUUUAUGCCCAGCCCAGGGUCAAGGUUAUACAAAA